UGUGACAAGAACAUUUUGUUGUGAGUGAAUUAAAAAAGUGUUAUUACGUACAGCCAUGGGAGAGAAUCAACAACCCAUUAUUUGUGUUCCUGGGCAGAGACUGUGUCCAGCGAGUAAAACGAGUCUUUCUGGUCCUGGGACAUACGAAUUAACUGGAUACAUCUAUGCCAAGUUAGCUGGAACUGUCGAGAUAUUAAAUGAUGAAAGUGAAGUCGCGUUCACUCACUAUCCAGUACAUGGCACAACUGAGCAGAGUAUUGUGCCAGCUCCUGGGGAUAUCGUGACAGCAAUGGUAACUCUGGUAAAUCAGAGAUUUUGCAAAUGCAUUAUGAAAUGCAUUGGGGAUACCGUCUUGACGAGGACGUACAGAGGAAUAUUGAGGAAAGAAGAUGUUAGGGCCACUGAAAAGGACAGGGUGGAGAUGUACAAGUCGUUUAGACCUGGGGACAUAAUACUAGCCCGAGUUAUGCCCAUGACUGAGGCUCACACUUAUUCUUUGAGUACUACUGAAGAUGAAUUGGGAGUUGUUGUGGCUCAUAGUGAAGAAGGUGUUUCUAUGGUCCCGAUUAGCUGGACGGAGAUGCAGUGCCCAAAAACACUCACUAAAGAAUUCAGAAAAGUGGCAAAAGUCGUUCCUGAACAUGUACUCAAUGAAAUGGGAUGAAAUAUCUCUUAAUGCAAAUGAUGCUACGUGUAUUGAAACUGAAUAAAUAUUUUUAAGAUAUUUGCUCCCUA